AUGGCGGGGAGGGCGGCGGGGAGAGUGAGGGGCGUAGGGGGGGCGAUGCUGAUGGCCUGCCUGCUCCUGAUCGGGCUAGACACGCAAGGUGAGCCGCAGCCCAUGGGGCAGCGUCACCUGCGGCAGUGCCAUGACCCAGUGACUGACCACCGUCCUCCAGGGGUUUUCAAGCCGUCGAGAGAGGACCUGCUGCUCUCGCGCGUUAUCCGGCUGCUGUCCUCGUCGAACUCAUCGCAUGCAGACCUCGUGGAGGCCAUUCAGAUGAUGAUCAAGGCCGCAGGGAACCCGGAAGCCUCUCAGAUGGCGCAGGCAGCGCUGAAAAGGGCAAUUUCCAACGUUGUAUCCAGGAGCAUACAAACUGCUGCUGAGCAGAAUCAGCCGCUUUCCUGCGAUGAGAGCGCUAGCGAGAUGAACACAUCGGGAAUCAGUUCCAUCUGUGCAGAAAUGAAAGAUUUGCAAAGCCAGCUUCAUGAGGAGAAGCACAGGUUGAUAGAUUCACACAACAAGAUGCAUGAGGUGAUGGAGAUGAACGACAAGUUGGUGGCGAAGGAAGAGAGCAUGGAGAGACUGUACAACGACAGUGAGGUUGAAGUAGCGAAACUUUGGCGUUCAUUGCACCGCGCCAAGAAGAACGAGACUGCUCUGCAACAUACGGUGAGGGUAGUGGCUUCUAUGUUGGGGAGGAGCGAGAAGAUGACCAAGACACUUGAAGAGUACAUAGCUGUCCUGAUGCAAAUCUCACAAAACCGAACCCUCGAGUUGAAUUCAAAGAAAACUUUUAUGGACGAGGAAAGAGGAUAUUUCAAGCAGAUCUCCGACUCUUUGCACAACUUGAUCAGCGAAAUUCAUCACUCGAAGGCUGGAAUCAACCAGACCAGCAGAGAACAGCAUAAUCAGUCGCGCUGGGGCUACAACGUGUUUCCUGGAUGGCAAUUCGUGCGGAAGGGGGGAGAGGAAAGAUUCGCUCCUGUGGUGCUCACGGAUGGAUGGAUGGCGAUGAACGACCCUGAGGGUCGGGUGUUCUUCUCCAACAUCAACACAAAUGAAACCUCCUGGCUGCCCCCAGGCUUUCUGCCUUGCGACGACAGUUUCAUGCCCAUGCUCGUUGAUAGAAGCUGCUGGAUCUCUCGAGACGAAAAGGGGGAGUUGGCACCACCAUCAACAGCAACAGCAACAGCAACAGCAACAACAGAAACAACACCUCCUUUAUCGUCAACAGCAUCGCAAAAUGUAUCGGUUGGUGAGGAUGAGAGGAUGUGGCGAGAGCUGCAUAACGUUUCCGCGUACUUGCGGCGGCUAGCCGACGUUCUCGGUAAGAAGCAGCAGCAGCAGCAGCAGCGGAAUUUGCAGAAUGGGAAUAGACCUCAAGCUGUAAAGCACGAGCAGGGGAAGCAGCAGCAGGAUCAACAGAUGGGUGUCGAAGGGACUAUGAAGCAGCAGGGAGGAGUCAAAAGGCAGCAGGAGCAGCUGCAAGUUCCAAACUUCUGGAAGAAAGUGCUGGAGGAACAGAAGAAGAAGAGCGAGAGAUGGAGCGGGCAAGCACAGACGAAGGGGCCGUGGAAGACAAGGGAAGGAGCCAAGGAGAUGGUCGACUCCUUCUCCUUGCCGCUGCCAACCCCGAGGGCCUCUGAGAGCCAAACUGAAGGAUUGCUCCCGGGGUAUCCGAGCGGGGAACAGACGGCGAUAGCGUAUAGAGACCAGCCCAUGAUCCAUCUCGCCCCUCUCCCCUCUGCUGAGAUCAUCCCUCCCACCUCCUCUGCUCUCCUUGUCCCCUCCCCUGCUCUCCUUGUCCCCUCCUCCAGCCUUGCAGCCCGCCGAGUGCUUGUGGAGCGUUGGGUCCCGACAGGGGAGGAGGCACCGCAGGAGCAGGAGCAGGAGCAGGAGCAGGAGGUCACGCUGGGAGAUGGAAGGGGCAGGAAUCCUCUUUUGCUAGCACAGCGCGCCGUUGAACAUGCGACGCCGUACGGGGGGAGGAGGAUGAGCACCAUGAUGGAAUCGCCCCAUCGAGAAAGGGAGGAGGAGGAGGAGGAGGAGGAGGAGGAGGAGGAGGAGGAGGAGGAGGAGGAGGAGGAGGAGGAGGAGGAGGAGUUUCGGAUGAUCGGUGAUGGUUGA